ACUAUUUCUCAUCUUGUUGCUUGCAUUUCAUUCGGUCUUGCUGCUGUCAAAUUCGGUCCUUCGAUAUCACCAGCGCUCCCGAGAAACAAAGAAAGAGAGAUACGGAGAACAAAAAUGGCAGAAGCUGUCAUUGGUGGCAUUGCUGAAAAGAUCAUUGAGAUUUUAGGUUCUCAAGCAAUAAAAACAGUUGGAAAGUUAUGGGGCAUCAAGCGUGAACUCGAGGCCCUCAAGAAGAUUGUCUCCCCUCUUCAGCUUGUACUGGACGAUGCAGAAGAGCAAUACCACCGUCCCCACAUCCGAAUUUGGGUUGAGCAACUGAAAGACGCUUUCUAUGAGGCGCAGGAUUUGCUUGAAGAAUUCAACAUAGAAGCUAUGCGACGAGAAUUGAGGGGCCACAAUGAGAUGAUGAAGGCGGUAAGGACAUUUUUCUCAAGUUCAAACCAGCUUGCUUUUAAAUUGAAGAUGAGUGACAAAAUAAGAGAAGUGAGGGCGAGAAUAGAAGCCAUUAAGGCUGAUAAGGAAGUCCACUUGAAUGAGCGUCCUGAGAGAGAGUGGAGGAAGAGAGAAGAGAUGCAUUCGUUUAUACGUGAGGGAGAUAUUAUAGGGAGAGAAGAUGAUAAGAAGACGAUCAUGGAAUUUUUAUUGGACUCAGACAUGCAAGAGAACGUUUCCAUCCUUCCAAUAGUUGGUAUUGGGGGGCUUGGAAAAACAGCUCUCGCUCAAAGCGUGUAUAAUGAUGAGAUGGUCAGUAAACAGUUUAACUUGAAAAUGUGGGUUUGUGUCUCUGAUGACUUUGACACGAAAAAAAUAGUAAAAAAUAUCAUAGCUUGUGCAAAAAAGAAGAAAGAACCAAUUGAGGGUGCAAUGGAACAAUUGCAAAGUGAACUGAGGGGAGCAAUCGAUGGAAAGAGAUAUCUUUUAAUUUUAGAUGAUUUGUGGAAUACAGAAUUAGAAACAUGGUUGAACUUGAAAACUUUAUUAGUUGGAGGUGCUAAAGGAAGUAAGAUCCUUAUAACUACACGCCUUCCUUUGGUGGUAAAGAUCACUGGCACUACUUUGCCUCAUCAUCUCGGGAGCUUAUCUGAAAGUACGUCUCUUGAAUUACUAAUGCAAAUUGCUUGUUGUAAAGAAGAGGAGAAACAAGAUCCCGACAUGCUAGCUAUUGGUAAAGAUAUAGUAAGAAAGUGCUCUAGGGUUCCAUUGGCUAUUCGAACUAUUGGGAGUUUACUCUUUAAGAAAAGUAAGCAUGAAUGGUUGCAAUUCAAAGAAAAAGAGCUCCCAGAUGUGUCUAUUAUGGAAGACGGCAUAAUGCCAAUUCUUAAGCUUAGUUAUUACCAUCUUCCUUCACAUUUGAAACAAUGUUUCGCGUUUUGUUCAUUGUUUCCCAAAGAUUAUGAGAUAAAGAAGCAAACUUUGGUCGAUCUUUGGAUUGCGGAAGGAUUUAUCAAGCAAUCAAAUAGACCUCAUCAUUUAGAAGACAUUGCUUGUGGAUAUUUCAAGGAUCUACUAUUGAGUAACUUCUUUCAAGACUAUCAGGAAAAUAAGGAGACUUGCAAGAUGCAUGAUUUGAUGCAUGAUCUAGCUUGCUCGGUUGCUGGGACCGAGUGUUGGGUGGCAUGGGAUGAUACAAAACCCAUACAUGAAAGAGCUCGUCAUAUAUCUCAUGAUUCAACUUCCAAUUUCAUGGGUAAACUUCCAAUCUCACGAUUGAAAGCAAGCACACUAAGAACAAUUUUGCUCUUCACAAGAGAUUGGGGAAGGGAACCAACGAGCGAAGCAGAUCUACAUCGACUCAUUCAAAGUUUCAAGACGUUGCGCAUCUUGGAUAUGAAUAACAAAUAUUUUGACAAUGUGCCAAGGUCCAUUGGUAAGUUGAAGUAUCUCACAUAUCUCGAUCUCUCUGGCAAUCGAGCACUCAAAAGUCUUCCUAACUCCAUUACGAGGUUGCAAAAUUUGCAAACACUUAAUCUUAACAAUUGUUCUAGCUUGAAAGAAUUGCCAAAGGGUAUAAGGAAGUUAGUUAGCCUUCGAAAUCUAGACAUAGAAGGUUGUCUUACACUUAGUUAUAUGCCACGUGGACUAGGGCAAUUGAGUUUGUUGCAUAGGUUAAGUGAUUUUAUAUUGCCCAAAGAUAAAGCUCUGGCUAAGAAAUAUGGUGGACUUGGGGAGCUAUAUAGGCUUAAUAACAUUCGGGGAAGCCUUUUCAUUAAAAAUUUGGGAAGUGUGACAGAUGCAGGAAAAGAAUCCCAUGCCGCGAACUUGAUAGAGAAGCGUUUUCUAGAAAUUUUGGCUCUUUCAUGGGGCAAUUUCGAUAUUACUGACGAAGCAAUAAUUAAGAAAAGAGAUGAAGCACUACUAGAUGGAUUGAGGCCGCCGAAAAAUCUACAGGAGUUGAGGGUCUGGGGAUUUAAAGGCGAGAGAAUUCCGGGGUGGCUUACUGAUUUGCCCAAUUUAGUUGCGUUAAGAUUGUGGUCUUGCACAGGAUGUAGACAUUUCCCCCAAGUUGGCCUUAAUAAGUUGAAGGAACUCCGCAUGGUGGACAUGAGGAGCCUAGAAUAUAUUCCUGAGGAGUGUUUGAAAAGUCUUACCUCGCUUGAAUCUCUUUAUUUCAACUAUCUUCCUCGGUUAACUUCCCUCUUGCCUGGUUUGCGGCAUCUAUCGAAGCUCGUGGAUCUCACUAUUUUGGGAUGCGAGGAGCUCGAUUUAUCCAAAGACGAAAGCGGCAACAUCAUCUUGGAUUUCCAUGGACUUCAGAGUCUCCGGUCUCUAAACAUCCUUCAUCUUCCCAAACUAGAAUCUCUCCCACAGUGGAUUCUACAACUCCGCAGUCUCGAGCAUCUCGGAAUUUAUUGCUGCGACAAUUUGAAGGCAUUAUCAGAGCAGAUCGAGGCCCUUCAAUCACUUCAAUGGCUCGAAAUCGAAUUUUGCCGCUCGUUGACAUCGUUACCUGAAGGAAUGCGAAGGCUCACAUCCCUUACUCACCUAACAAUCUACUCGUGCCCAGAAUUGAGGUGCAAAAGAGAUGAAGGCGAGGACUGGUACAAGAUCAAGCAUAUCCCUGAAAUAUCUAUCUGA